AUGCUUCUCCCAGUCCCUAUAUCCCACGCCCCCAUCCACGAACGAGCAAAAUGGACCCGUGACCGACGCACAGUCGAGCGCCGCGUUGCUCGGUGGCGGAGGAAAAGCUGGGUCGAUGCGCGCGCUGAAAAGUUUGGAUUGUCCAGAGCGUGGUACGCUGAUGAUGAAUGGUGGGAGACCCUCGCAAUCAAACAAACCGACAUCGACACCCGCGAAGUCGACCGGAACAACCGCGUCGCCAUCCCCUGGGAGGUCUUGAUCAUGAAAGGCCUCGCCAACCAGGGGUGUCGCAACGUCGCGGGUCUCCGCAAAUACAAGCUCUUCAUGAGCAGAGACCAAGACCGAGACCACAGCCCAAAGAUGAGGUGGCGGUAUUAUCUGGAGUAUCAUAAACAUGGGACUUUAGAGGGGUUGGUCCAGAGAUACAGGGAGUAUAACCAGCGGCAUCCGAAGCAUAAAGACUACCUCCCCGAAGCAUUCAUCUGGCAGGCCUUUUACGAUUUCGCUCAAGCAGCAUACCAUAUGAGCGUGGUGCGAUUCGACGAUAGUGUGGCGCCGCCUGGGAAGGAUCAUUUUGUUCUGCAUCUGGAUCUGAAACAUGAGAAUGUCCUCAUGUGCGAACCCAGCACCGUCCGAAACCUCAUGGACUAUCCCACCCUGAAAGUCGCCGACUGGGGAUUGGCCGAAUAUACUAGCCGCGAGGAUGUCAACAACAGUAAGAAAUGGAAGUACUAUGGCACGAUUGUUUGGACUCCACCGGAACAACGCAAUGAAGGCACCUACGGCCGCAACUGGCGUCACCCGGUCCUAGGCUCCUCCAACCACCCGUUCACGAUGGCCCACGUGAUCUGGCAGAUGGGCGCCAACAUCUACGGUCUGAUGGAACUCGAUCUCCACAAUCUCGACAUCCAUACCCGGGUCAAUUAUUACGAGAAGUCCGAAACUUCGCUCCGUCAGGACGGAUACUCGGUCUUGUCUGGGUGGCAGAAUCUCCGGUAUUCUUCCAAGUUGAGAGCUCUGGUGGAUGAUUGUUUGCUCGUGGAUCCGGCGAGGAGGCCGUCGGUGGCGGAUUUGCUGGAGAGAACACAGGAGGGGAUUCGGAGGUUUGCUGAUGCUGCGAGGAGAGAUGGGGGGCCGCCGGAAGUUAGGUUGAGUUGA